AUGAAACCGACGUUUUCAAAACUUCCACUGAUUAUUGGAGUUGCCGGCGGAACAUCGUGUGGAAAAACGGAAAUUGUUCGGACGAUCAUCGAUAAAUUGAAUAUGAACACGAAUACCAAUAAGAAAUCGGAUAGGGUAGGGUUUUGAGCCGGAAAACCACGUGGAAAAUUUAAAGAUUCGAAAAUUUUGGAAGCUAAAAACCACGUGGAAAAUUUGAACAUUCGGAAAUUUUGGAGCCAAAAAACCACGUGGAAAAUUUAAAUUUUGAAAAUUUUUGUGCCAACAAACCACGUGGGAAUUUGAAAAUUCAAAAAUUUUGGAGCUAAAAUUCACGUGGAAAAUUUAAAUUUUGAAAAUUUUGGUUCUAAGAAUCCAGGCGGCAAAUUUAGAGAUUCGAAAAAAUUGGAACCAAAGAUCCACGUGGAAAAUUUAAAUUUUGAAAAUUUUGGAACUAAAGAUUCACGUGGAAUUUUUAAAUUAAAGACACGUAGAAAACUAGAAAUCGUUUGAAAAUCAUUAUUUGCAUGUUUUUUAUCAUCCUUCAAAUAGUGGAAGUACAUAAACAAAAUUGAAAAAUAUUGAUGUGAGUUUAGCGAAAGUCAAAAAAAGAAAUUUCCUUUUUUGAAAUCGCUCAGCCGACGCGAAAUUUGGUGUUUGCACAAAUGUCCGUGAUUUGCCGCACAUGUGUGCAUUCUUAGCAUACCGUACCACCACUUUUUAUUUAUUUUUUUCAUUUUUCAAACGAACAACACACAACUUUGAAAAAAGGCGCGCAUUCAAAUUUUGAAGAUUACAAACAAACAUUUCUAGUUUUCUAUGUGUCUUUUAAAAAAAAUUAGAGCAAAAAUCCACGUGAAAAUUUUGACUUUUGAAAAUUUUGAAACCAAAAAUCCAAUUGGAAAUUUUAAAUUUCAACAAUUUUAGAACCGGAAAACCACGUGGAAAUUUUAAAUUUUGAAAAUUUUUGUGCCAACAAACCACUAGGAAAUUUGAAAAUUCAAAAAUUUUGGAACCAAAGAACCACCAGGGAUUUUUAAAUUUUGAAAAUUUUUGAAACCGAAAAUCCACGUGAAAAUUUGAAAAUUCAACAAUUUUGGAAGCUAAAAUCCACGUGGAAAUUUUGAAUUUUGAAAUUUUUGGAAUUGUAGAUCCACGUGGAAAACUUAAAUUUUGAAAAUUCUGGAACACGUGGAAAUUUGACUAUAACUCUGGUUUUUUCUAGCUAAAACGCUUCAAACUCAAAAUUUUGAAGUUACAGAACUUUCUGCUUCUGAAAAAUCCGCCGCUGAAAACGAUUUUCAGCAUGACGCAGAAAGUAUCUGAAAAUUCUGGGCUCAAUCUGAAUUUUUACAGCAAUCCCGAAUCGUCCACCUCCAAAUGCACUCAUUCUACAAAGAGCUCAACGAGGAGCAGAAAAAAUUGGCGGCCGACGGAAAAUACAAUUUCGAUCAUCCCGACGCGACUGAUUUCGAGAAAUGCGCAAAAACCCUAGAAAAUAUGAUGGAGGGAAAUACUGUGGAGAUUGCCAAAUAUGAUAUGACUACGAGCUCGAUGUGAGGAGUUUAGGGGACUUUUUCUGAUUUUUUUUAACUUAAAAUAAAAAAAAAUCUUUUCUAGUGUUGGCCACGAUACAAUCGAACCAGCCGAUGUUGUGAUCAUCGAAGGAAUAUUGUUAUUGUACGAUGAGAAGGUUCGAAAUUGCCUUUCGGCCAAAUUAUUUGUGGAAAACAGCGCCGAAGUGAGAUUGAAUGCGAGAUGUGAGUAUUUUUUUGUUUUAAAAUCACUAAUAUUCAAAAAAUCAAUAUUUUCUAGUACAAAAAUAUGUGAAAGAAUACAAUCGCUCACCAAUUUCGGCCAUCGAACAAUACACCGAAUACGUGAAGCCGGCAUUCGAGGAAUUUUGUCGACCGACGAAAAAGUAUGCGGAUGUGAUUAUUCCGAGAGGAGCGAAUAAUAGUGUGGCGAUUGCGAUGAUUGCGGUUAAUUUGCAGGUGAGAGAGAGAGGCACUUUUAUUGAUUUUUUUUGAUGAAGGGGCAAAAUUGUGCUCUGAAUUUUGAAUUCUUGAGAGCUUCUCUGUAAGUAGCUGAGUAUAGAAGUUUAAGUUGUCAAGGACCAGCGCCUAGAAAAUCUAGUUCUCAAGCAGCAGCGCCUUAAAAACCUAGUUGUCAAGUAGCCGCGUCUAGAGAACCCAAUCGUCUAGGCCCCGCGCCUUGAGAUCCAAUUUGGCAAGGAACAGCGUCUUGAGAGCCUCUGUACCAAGAAGCCCAGUCUAGAAAUCCUAGUUGUCAAGCAUCAGCGCCUAGAAAGCAUAUUUCUCAAGUAGCCGCGCCUUGAAAGUUCAAUUUUCAAGGAUCAGCAACUAGAGAAUCUAGAGAAGCUAGUUCUCAAGUAGCCGCGUCUAAAGAACCUAAUUUUCUAGGAAUCGUUUCUAGCGAACCACUCUGACAAGAGGCCGUGCCUAGGAAUUCCAGGUUUCAAGUAGCCGCGUCUAGAAAAAUCAAAUUUUCCUGUUCCUAUUUUUAAACAAGUUCUGAAACCACUUCUAAUUCAAAAACUUCCAGGAAAUGUUCCGGAAACUUGUUGUCUCAUCAAUGUCGAAUGGAGAAUCUUCGAUACUUGCCGAAAAUUCGGAAAAUAUCGAAAAUCAAGAGCAACGACCGAGAAAUGGAAGUUUCCGACGACCAGCAUCUCGACCACAUUAA